AUGGAGGAUGGUCUCGAUCCGAACACACCUUUGAUGAGUUUAAGUGAGUUUUUUGCUACAAUUAUCAGAUUUCUGCCGGAAAAUUCAACCAAAGUCCGCCGAUUAUCCUAAAUUUUGUGCAUUUCAGGACAAAUCAAAGCAUGUGGUCAUUUACUGCUCGGCACACUGCAACUCCGAUGUGAAAAACACGGAACAGAUGAAGAUCCACGACGUGAGUUCAGUACUUGCGGGGAAAAUUGCUAAAUGGAAUUUUUAGAGGAAAUGGUGGCAGCUCGAGUUUUCGUCAAAAAGAGGCUGAAGGAACUUGCGGAGGUGAGAAUCUGACAGUUUUUGUAGUAAGGUCAUCAAAUUUUCACAAACGAUGUGUAAAAAUGAAGAAGCGCCAAUUCUAUGCUGCAAAAAUGAGCAAAAAGUGAUAUACAAUCAAAACUAGAAAAAGCAAGUGAAAACUGACGUUUUGGACCUAAAAAGUAUGCAAAUCGCCGUUUAAAAACGUAAAAUUUACAAAUGUUCAUACCGGAAGCACAAAAAGCUUUAUUACCUUCCGAUUUCCAGCAACAUGCUCUCAGCAAACACGAAACCGUUUGAAAUUAUCAUACAUUGAAGAAAUUAUCCAGUACUAACUAUUACAUUGCAAAUUUUUCAGACGGACGACAAAACGAACCGGAAUUACGUGCUCCGGGCGCUCUACACAAUCUUAGACAAGAAAUGGGCAGUGAUCUUCAACAAAAUCGGCCAAGUAUCCGGAGAACUCGCUUUCCUCUCGACCAUCUAUCACACUGCGGACUUUCCGGACGUCGAAUUGCAGUUCAUCUGGACAUGCGACUAUCUCUUCAGCUCUGGACAGAUGGAUGCCGAAUGGCGUGGCGAUUUCGAAGUGCCAAGUCUUGAGGAGUACGAGAUGCCGUUGGUGAACGAUCUGCCGGAAGAGGAACAGGAAAGAUUCGCAGUGGAGAGCGAGAAGGAGCUGCGUCGUCAGCUCGAAAACUACCUGGCAAUAGAAGACAACGCUCAGACCCAUUGA